UUCCUUGAUUGUAUUGUAUAAAAGAAACAAGUGAUUGCGUAGCUCCUUUUUUUUGUGACAUACUACUUUUUUUCAUUUGUUCACGAAACUUUCUUUUUUUCUGUGUGUGUAUCAUGUUGAACCCGACCCAACAACGGCCAGUUCGUAUUGGAUGUUACUCUGCCUUUUGGGGAGACUCAGCCGCGGCUGCUGUUCAGCUCGUCCAACAUGAAGGUGCCAAUCUCGAUUAUCUUGUGGCAGAUUAUCUGGCUGAAAUUACAAUGGGAAUUUUGGCUGCCCGACGUAAACGCCGUAUGAUGCAAGGCAAAGAAGGCCGAGGGGUAGAUUUCAUCAACGAAUUUCUAACCCUUGUCUUACGCCGAAUCCUUCCGGACAUUGCGAAGAACGGGACCAAAGUGAUAACGAAUGCGGGUGCCUUGGACCCGGUUGGAUGCAAGCAAGCCAUCGAAAAGCUUUUGAAAAAAAUGGAUAUCACCGGCAUCAAAGUCGCCGCCGUGAUCGGAGACGACGUAUUGACAGAUAAAGAAACCGCUACGCUCGGCUCGUUCAAGGAAAUUCACUCAUUCUCUGCCAUUUCUGCCGUGAACCAUCACUUGGAUGCCGACCGAUUGCCGAAUUUAGACGAGCCCAUCGUGUCACUGAACGCAUAUUUGGGCUGCAAAGGCGUCGCCGCCGCCCUCGAUGCAGGCGCUCAUAUCGUUGUAACGGGCCGUGUAGUCGAUUCAGCCCUGGUGGUGGGACCUCUCAUGCAUGAAUAUCAAUGGUCACCACAACAACCCAAUUUUUACGACCUACUGGCGUCGGCUUCUUUGGCAGGUCAUAUCAUCGAGUGUGGUUGCCAGUCCACCGGUGGCAAUUUCACUGAUUGGAGGCUGGCAGCCAAUUCCCCUUACGGAGGCUAUGCCAAUAUGGGCUAUCCCAUUAUCGAAUUCGAUCGAAACGGCGAUUUUAUUGUCACCAAGCCCGAAAAAACGGGCGGCUUGGUCACACCGGCGACGGUCUCCGAACAAAUGGUGUAUGAAAUUCUUGAUCCGGCGCUUUACCUUUUACCGGAUGUCAUUCUUGAUAUGCGAUUAGUCAAGCUUAGCCAAAUCGGUCAUAAUCGUGUCCUUGUUCAAGGCGCUAAAGGUAGUCAACCCACCCCCUGGUUAAAAUGUUCUGGUAUCUUUAUCGAUGGCUGGAAACUCAGCGGCGAAUUGCUUAUCGGCGGUUUCGAAGCCAAACAAAAGGCGAUUGCUGUGGGUGAAGCCAUCAUCCAACGUGUGCGUGGCAUGUAUAAAGAACUGGGUAUCGACGAUUUUCGCAAUGUCAAUAUUGAACCUUUGGGUGCCGAAGUACUUUAUGGCCCCAACGCGUCUGCUAACCAUCAAGCUCGUGAAAUUGUGUUGCGACUGACGGCUCACCAUGAUGAUCCAAAAGCCCUGGGCCUAUUUGCCAUGGAAAUGAUUCCUUCGGCUACUUGUAUGGCACCUGGUAUCACUGGCAGUGGCACCGGUCGACCCAAGUCUAUUCCUAAUUUGGUACAUUUCCCUUGUCUUUUACCUAAAAAUGAAGUGCGUACCGGCGUGGUGGUUGGCGAUGGGGCCACGCAGUGGGUCGAAUGGGAUGCAUGGGAUCUUCACGAGAGCUUUGGCAAGCCUGUUUUCGUGCCUACCAUUCCUGAUGUGAACCUCGAUGCCGCGGGACCUUUGGUGAAGACCAAGCUGAUUAAUGUAGCCUAUGGUCGAAGCGGUGAUAAAGGCGAUGUAUGCAAUGUCGGAAUCAUUGCCCGGGACCCCAAAUUCUUGCCAUUUAUCAAGCGGUCGCUCCAGGAGAAGGUAGUCGCUGAUUACAUGAAGCAUUUAUGCAAAGGUACCGUCACACGUUUUGAGCUACCUGGAUCGAAUGCUUUGAACUUCGUCUUGACACGGUCCUUGGGUGGAGGAGGACUUAGUUCGCUUAUCAUCGAUCGCCAGGGAAAGACAUUCGCUCAAUUGUUAUUGAGCGGUCUGGAUGUCGAAGUUCCCGCGCAGAUGGUGCCAGCGGAUGCCAAACUUUAGGGCACUACGUUUAUACCAUUCUUCAAAAAUAGCUAUUUCCAUGGAUUUCCAUGGCCUUCAUUUCAAAUUGUUGAAAUAAUUUGUAGGGCUCUCUAUCCAAUUUUUUUUUCCGUUUUCUCACGUCUACUGCUGGCAAUUGUUUUGUGAUACGUAAAGUUGAUUUUCCUUGUUUUGUUCAAUAAAAAAGAUUGGUCUUCCGUAUUUGAGAAUAAAAAAGUGUCCCCAUUUUGUACCACACUGCCACCGUGGCACGCAUUAAAUAGGUC